AUGGAUACACCUUUAAAAAGAAUUGCAGUUACAAUUCAACAUUUAAAGAAUGAAAUAACAGGUGUUCAUCAUCAACAUAAUGAAGGUCAUUGUUGUAAUAUCUAUGAUGAUAUUACUUCUACACCUUUGGGAGGUAGUCCCAAUGUAGAGUAUUUAACAUCUCUAUUGGACGGUGACUUUAAACAAGACAGAGAUCAUCUUUUUAGAUUAUUCCAAAACAAUGAAGAAUUUGAUGAACCAUUCUUAACUGAACCUGGCUACACAAACUAUAAACAUAGAGAAAGAACAUUAAUUGCAUCAAAAUUGAUUGCAGAUCAAGAGAUUGUUACAUUGGAAGAUAUGAAGAAUAGACCUGAUAAAUUCUUGGCAUGGUUUGAAACCAUUUCUUAUGCUGAUCUAAGUGUCAGUCUCAAGUUUGCCGUCCAGUACAAUCUAUGGGGUGGAACUAUACUAUUCCUUGGAACAGAGAAACAUCAUUCAAAGUAUUUAUCUGGUAUUCAAGAUUGUACUAAACUUGGUGUAUUUGGUUUAACUGAGUUAGGUCAUGGAAGUAAUGUAAAUGGGUUGGAGACAACAGCAACAUAUGAUCAAGAAACAAAAGAGUUUAUUGUAAAUUCACCUACUUGGACAUCACAAAAAUAUUGGCCUGGAAAUAUAGCUACACAUGGUCAGUUUUGUACAGUGUUUGCUAGAUUGAUAUUAAAGGGUCGUGAUCAUGGUGUACAUGCAUUUGUGGUACCUAUUCGAACCCCUCCAUUGUCGGGACACCCAUACGGCCUGCCAAUGCCCGGUGUCGAGAUUAGAGAUAUUGGAUUGAAAUCAUCAUUCAACGGUAUUGAUAAUGGAGGACUGUUGUUUAAACAAGUACGUAUUCCAUUGGACAACAUGUUGGAUAGAUUCAGUCGUGUCACUGAAUCGGGGGAGACUAUGAUGUCUGUAUUUUAUAUCGGUCGUCUCUGUAUAUCAGUAUUGUGUCUUGCAGCUGCCAAAACAGCCGUCUCUAUCGGGUUGAGCUACUCACACAAUCGCAAGCAGUUUGGUGAGCCUGGCAAACCCGAGCAACCCAUCAUCCACCACACCACUCAACAACGUCGUCUGCUUCCCAACUUGGCAAGAUGCUUUGCACUCGACUUUGCACAUAAACGAGUUAUAUUGACCGAUGCGAUGGAGCUCAAGCACAGCUAUUCAUCGGGUCUCAAGGCGAUUGGCGCAUGGGACUGUUUCAGCGCCACCCAGUUGGCUAGAGAGUGUAUGGGAGGUCAGGGGUUCCGUCUGUCAGCGCGUGUCCCCGUCCUCAGAAACCACCUUGAGGUCGGACUCACAGGAGAAGGUGACAACACCAUCCUCUGUCAACAAACCAGUAAAUUCCUCCUUGCAACCUACCACAAACAACUUCAAGAUAUUAAAUCAAACAACACUCAACAAUUCACAGGUGAAUUAUCAUAUAUCAAUAAUAUCAAACAAUAUGAUUAUCACACCAACAAAAAACCAAUCUCCUUUAGUCACCUUAAACAAUUCACAUAUCAACAAUUGGCAUUUCAAAAAAGAGAAUAUUUAUUAAUUGAAAAGUUAUAUAAUAUAAUGUAUUCAACAAAGAAUAAUAAUAUUAUUAUUAAAAUUAAUUCAGUUGAAUGGUAUAGAUUAUGGAAUGAAAAUCUGUCAUUGACAUUGAAAUUGGCAAGAGCCAAUGUGGAUCGAUUCGUUCACAAAUUCUUUUUAGAAAAGAUACAGUCAUUGGCCAAAGACACUGAUGUCAAUACAGUGGCAGUACUCAAAAAGAUGUGUGCUCUCGAUGCCUUUGAUUUGAUUCAAAGGGAUCUAGGUGUAUUUGUAAGCAAUGGUAUCCUGGCAGCCAAAGAAAAUGGCACUGGUAUAUGGUUUGAUAUGGAAAAAGAAAUUACUCAUGUAUGCUCUGAACUCACUCCCUAUUCUUUAGACAUUGCAUCUGCAUUUAAAAUUCCUAAAAAACUUUACACUUUUAAUAUUAAUAUCUAUCAAUCUUAUCUUGUGAUAAACACAUAUCUUAGACACUCACCAGGCGCUCAAUUACCAUCUGAACAAGUUACACUUCUCAAACAACUCAACAACUAUGCUUUAACUUAUUGGAUGCCAAUUGGUAGUACUCCAGGUUGUGGAAGUACAGGUCUACAAGUAAGAAGUUUGGUUAUGUGUAAUCCUGAGAAUACCCAAAUUACUGGUUUAACCAUUGAAACACAAUUAUUAAAUUUGAAUAUUGAUAUGAUUGAUUUCUCAGUUGUUCCAUAUUUAAAGAGUCUUACCUUUUACACAUCGACACCUGUUCUCUUCCCAGCAACACUGUUAACACACAAGAAUAUCACUACCUUUGAGUUAAUCUAUCUUACUCCUGUACAAGAUAACACUCAAGGUAUGUUUGUAGAUGUUACAAGAUCUAAUUGGACUGGAAUGACUAGUUUAGAAAAAGUUUAUAUUGAUGGUAUGUGGGGAACACUUCCAAUAUUACCACCUUCUGUAACCUUUGUUCAUAUUAGUUCACCAUCACAACAAUCAUUGAGACAAUUCUCAACGGCUGCCAUUCAUACAAAUUUGUUUACUCCUGAAUUAUUGGUUUAUGAAUUAAAUACAUUUAAUUUCAUACUUCAAGGUCCAGCUUUUAAUAUUAGUAUUGCUCAAUGUACAAAAUUACAAUCAUUACAAAUCCAAUCCGCUGGAUAUAAUGUUGAUUUUAAGAGUUUCUAUACUCUACCACCAGUAUUAACUUCAUUACGAUUAAUUAAUGUAUUUGCAUCAGUAGCAAAUAGAACAAUGCCACUUUAUAAAGAGUUGACUGGAUGGGAUAACUUAGUUACGUUGGAACUCCAAGGAUUACAAUUGACAGGUCCACUUGAUGAACAAUAUUUUAAAAUCCCUUAUUUAUCUGUAUUGAAUUUAAAUUAUAAUGCAUUAUUAACAUUUACAUUACCAAAUUACUUAAAUACUAGUCAAUUGACAGUAAUUAGAUUUAGUGGUUGCAAUGGAUUGUCUGGUUCAAUUCCUGCCAAUAUUCUUGAUAAUUUGUUAAUGGAAAUUGUUGAUGUUUCUCAGACUUCGAUUACAGGUGAAUUGCCAAGAGUAUUGUUAUGUGCAUUCCACGGACUCUUUUCAACCAACUAUUUUAUCUCAGGAUUGGUAUUUAGCAAUUACAAUGGAUCUAUUUUCCAACGUGAUUGUAAUCCCACUAUUUCACAGAUUGAACCAUUUUCAACCAAUAGUAGUAUUGUUAUCAAUGGUAAUGAUUUGGGUCCAAAGGCACCAUACCUAUUCCUUGCUUUGACCAAUACCAUGGGUGACGCUAUUCAAACCAGUUGUGGAUUUACUAUCCCCAACUAUCGUCUUGAAUGUACUAAUCCCUUGACACUUGGUUUUGGUAAACUACAAGUCUAUGUUUUGGUCAAUUUACAAUAUACAAUCAUUAAUUCAAAUUUCACUUAUCAAAGACCAUCAAUUUUACAAUCAACUCCAUGUCCAACAUUGGGAGGUAGAAUUACAUUAUAUGGAUAUGAUUUAAUGGCUAAUGCAGUUAGAAAGAAAGAUACUGGAAUUAGUAUUUAUGGUAGACCUUGUACAAACUAUCAAGUAUUGGCAUCGUACCGUGCCGUUAGUUGUGAAUACGCUGCUGGUAUCACAUCCAACGUACCCAUCUCAAUUCAAGUGAGUGGGUUGUACAACAAUGCUAGUAAUGAUGCCUAUUUCAGAUACCUACCACCAAAUGUCGUUUCUUCAUUUGCCACCAAACCAAAUGAAGCUACUCAACUCACCAUUACAGGGUCUGACUUUUGGAAUGAUGUCUCGCUCAUUUCAGUGGUCAUUGAAGACACUCCUCCCAUCCCAUGCCCAGUCACCUAUUCCAACCACAGUUACUUUGUAUGUGAUUUCCCAGCUUCACCAUACACCACUGGAAGAAAGAAUAUCAAGGUCACUGUAAAUGGACAAACAUCUGCACCAAACAAAUUGUUUGAAUUCCUCGAUGAAACCGUUUGCCCAAAGUAUUGUAAUAAUAAUGGUAUUUGUGAUGUUGCAAUUGGUUUUUGUGUUUGUAAUUCAAUUACAAAUAAUAAUAAUACUUUAUUUGGUCCUUCUUGUGAACAAGAAUCAUAUGAUAAUAAUGCAGUAUUUUCAACAUUGGAACCAAUAUUAGAAAUAACACCAUCAUUUAAUGAAAAGACAGUAUUGACAGCUAAAUUGAUAUCGGUGGUUGAAAAUGGAGCAGAGAUUAUCAUUCCAUCUUGGAGAUACACUUUGUUGGCUAAUUCAUCGACUCAUCAAUACGAGUGGACUAGUGGAGCAAAGAUUGUGACCGUUUCAAUCAUCCCCAAUCAAGAUGGAGGUAGUGCUCUGUUUGGUGGAUCGUACUUGACAUUCCCUUCGAAUAGUUAUACCUAUGCCAUCAACUAUACUUUGGAGGGUGGGUCUGAUGAUAGUGUCCAAUUUAAGUUCGCGAUCGAUAUGACCCCCGAUGAGUGCACAACGGCACCCAUCACAUUGGCCAGUCCAGUCGGGUUGAAUGAGUCUACUGGAGUCAUCGGUGAUCUCAGAUGGUCACUGUUGACAGUAUACGAUGUCGAAUGGUUCACUCGUCACCCAGGUAUUGCACAUGUCAAUAAUGGUGGUUCUGGUAAUGUAGAGACAUCUCUACUCAAACAAGAUGGUAGUAGUCAAUUAUUGAUUGUCUAUGUCAAGCCACCAGCAGGUGAAACUAAAAUCCGUAAUGUCUUUUUCCAAUAUGAUUUUGCCGUUCUAAAAGCAUCGUCAUCUCGUAGUCCCAAGACUGGUGGAUGUGAUGACACCUCGUUUGCCAAAUGGAAGAUCGCAGUCUCUGUAAUCGGUGCAGUUAUUGGAGCUGCUCUAUUGGGUGUUGCCGGUUACUUUUUAGUCAAACAACAACUCAAGAUCAAUAAGACCAAGUCUGCCCUUGACAAACGUCUAAGAGAAUUAAAUUCAAAUCUCUAA